ACGCAGCACCGCCGUCACUUCUUCCGCCCGCGUGACACCUGCAGUUACAGUCCAAACAUGAGCGCUUCUGCUGUGGUUCGGAGGUUAGCAGCUCUGUCAGGAGCCUCGGCAGUGGGAGCUGGGGCUUACGGGGCUCACGGUUUCAAGAACAGCGAUCCUGAUGACUACCGAAUAGUGCUUUUUGAAACCGCCAACAAGUACCAUUUCUACCACAGCCUGGCCUUGCUGGGUGCUGCCCACUGUGGGAAACCUGCUGUGGCUGGUAGCCUUCUGAUUGCGGGCAUGGGGAUGUUCUGUGGCUCUUUAUACCACCAGGCUCUGACAGGGGACCCCGGACUGCGCAAAGCGGCUCCCGUGGGGGGCGUAGCUAUGAUUGUUGGAUGGCUGGCCAUGAUUCUCUGAACUGUGACAGCUUACAUCUUCUCCAGAGAGCCACACUGUGACACUAAACUGUCAGACUGCUAAUAAAUGAACUGGAGAACUUGUAAGAGUUGGCUGAGGGCUAGUGCUGAGUUAUAAUGUCACCCAUCCAACCACCGCCUGCCCUGGGUUGUGGAUGUCAGCAGGAGAUAAGGUCACUGCAGGAUGAUCACUUUUCUGCCACUGCUGUCUGUUUGUGGCUGCUGCCCUUUGACUAUAAUGUUAAACUGGAUAAGAAAUUUAACACAAAAUGAAUGGAAUGAACUGUAUCAUCCAAUUUGUCAUGGAACAUUUUAACUUUUGGUGGGAAAAUCAAUAAUGAGCUGAUUUGAGUUAAAAUGCAUCAAUAAGACAGUGUUUGUUGUAAAAAUAAAGAAUCCCUUAUGAUAGAUUAACAACGAAAUCGUUUCCUAAACUCUGAAAUCCUUUUUUCCACAAGGAUUGUUUAUUUACCUUUAAACAGUCAUUUAUCAGCAUGAAUAAAUCUCAACAAUGAAUAUUCAAUCUGCUGUAUACCAAAGGUCCGUGUCAAGUCUUUGCUUUUUUUCAUUUCUUACAGACAUCACUUUCAGAUACUGAUCAUCUGCUGUAGAUGGGUUUUUAGGUUAUCUUCUUCCUCUUUUCUCCUCCGCUUGUUCAGUUUUGUCUUUUUUUAAGGACACACUGCACACCAUGCUGAGAUUUGUCAAGUUUGCAGCUAAUAUCUCUUUGGGAAUUCCCUUUUGGUGCAAAAAUAAAGUUUUAUGCCUGUCUUGUUA